UACAUUUUACAAUUGCUAAAGUUUUUUCCUGUUCGGUUGUUACAAAUCAAUCUCAAACCUCAAAAGGAAAAGAGCUACUAUUGUUCAUUAUGGAUCCUUCAUAUGCAAAAGGAGCAUCCAAAAUGCUAAAGGAUAGGAAACGCCAGCGGGAAGAGAAACAGUAUAAUCGGCAGCUCAGAGCUUUGUCAAACCUGCUACCAGGCUCAAAAGCUGAGUUGGAUGAGGUAUUAGUUGUUGAGAAUGCAACUAAGUACAUAAAGCACCUUGAAGAACGUGUGGAUAGUCUGGAAAGACGGUUGGAUAGUACUAUUGGCGAAGAAGAUGAGCAAUCAUCAGUUGUAUUAUCUGAGGAUACAAAGUCAGACAGCGAUUCUGAUUCCUCUCUACCUCAAAUUCUUGUGUAUAUUUCUCUAAGAGAUGUGAUCAUCUCCAUUCAAUGCAAAAACCACAAGAAUAUCAUCUGGGAGACGAUUUCAGAAGUUGAAAAGCAGCAGCUCUCAGUAAUCAGUUUCAAUACGAUGAGUUUUGGUCGUGCUGAGUUGGUUAUAAAUAUUCUUGCUAAGAUUAAGGAAGGAGCCUUGAUCAAUGCAAAUGAUCUUCGCAAUGAUAUGCGCUUGGUGAUAUUAAAGCAAAUGGAAGAUUAAUAAGUCUAUUUCCACCUGCAAUGUGUGUUUUUAGAGGACAAAGAAACUAAACGAAAAAUAGGGUCUGGCUUCUCCGAGAUGGCCAUGUUAGAUAUUCCAUGGUCAAGUGAAUACUAAUAAAUAAGUUCCUUGCCUUGACUGAAGUAGUACUAGGUGUUUUUCUUUUCUUUUUUUUCCUUUUUGGUUUCUGAUUUUUCUUUUUUUUUUUGUAA